AUGUUGGUGCUACGCUGUGGCCCCUGCCUGCUUACCCUGGGCCUGGUCUCCUCGGCUCCGAAACUCGUCUGGGCCAGUGCAUGCAGCAGCACCAGUAGCUCUGACUCCGCGGCUGAUGGCACCACCAAGAAUCCACUCAUCUACCUGGACGUGGGAGCCAAGGAGGAGCCACUUGGCCGAAUGGUGCUGGAGCUCAAAGCAGAUGUGGUGCCAAAGACUGCAAAGAAUUUCAGAGCCCUCUGCACAGGUGAAAAGGGCUUCGGGUACAAGAGAUCAACUUUCCACAGAGUUAUUCCUUCAUUCAUGUGUCAGGCUGGUGACUUCACCAAUCACAAUGGCACAGGUGGGAAAUCCAUCUAUGGGAGCCAAUUUCCAGAUGAAAACUUCAUUCUGAAGCACAUUGGGCCGGGUGUCCUGUCCACGGCAAAUGAGGGUCCCAACACCAACGGAUCUCAGUUCUUCAUUUGCACAAUGAAGAUAGACUGGUUGUAUGGAAAGCACGUCGUGUUUGGCCACGUCAAGGAAGGCAUGGACGUGAUGAAGAAGACAGAAUUCUAUGGCUCCAAGAACGUGAAGACGUCUAAGAAGAGCAUGUUGUGGACCCUCCGAGGGUCCCUUACUUGGCUGGCCAACAUCCUGAUCUUGCUAAGAAGAGACUUGAUUCUGAUAGUACCCCUGUUGCUUCUCAUUUCAACACUGAAGCAGGUGGAAGCCUUCUUUCUGUUUCAGGGACCAUUUGCUCUCCUGUGCCUGACCAUAACUGGUGGGGACCAUGGAACCUGCAACAAGCCACUGACUUGA